AUGCAUAUUGCAGAUAAUAAUAAAAAUGAAUUAUUUUAUUUUAUCUAUAGAAAUUGUUAUUUAAGAAAUUUAAUUAAAACCAAUAUAAACAAAUAUAACUUUUAUUAUUAUUUUAGCUGUACAACUAGAGAAAGUUUAAUAAACUAUAGAUUUAGAGAUUAUAUAUUGGAAUUAAAUUUGGAUACACAAGGUUACAAGUUUUACAGAAAUUUAGUGCCUGGUAUUAUCCCAGAAACAACAAAGAGAUUAAAUUUUGGCUAUGGAUUUAAUACAUUAUUAACUAAAGGUAUAAUCCCUGAAGGUGUAGAAUCAAUAUCGUUUUCGCAUGGAUACAAUCAACCUAUUAAACCAUUUGUUUUACCAGAGUCUUUGACAUCAAUCUCUUUUGAGGAUCCUUAUAAUCAUAUAUUUGUUAAAGAUUCUUUACCGAAAAACCUAAAGUUUGUUAAUAUAUCUGGAAGAUACAACCAAGAACUUUUAGCUGGCCAGUCAAUACCUCCACGAUGCAAAUCAAUCUCUUUGGGUAGAGAAUUUAACUGUGAAAUAUUUAAAAACAGUAUCCCAGAUUCAGUAACCACCCUUAUUUUUGGUGAAAAGUUUAACAGAGCUAUUGACCCAGGUGUAUUAUCAUCGAGCAUUACCGAUCUUUCAUUCCAAUGCCACUUUCUUCAACCACUACAGGCCCAUUCGAUACCCUCAUCCGUGACUAAACUUCAGCUAUCUUCAAAUUUUAAGCAACCCCUCACUCCACAUAUAGUGCCUCCAAGUGUAAAGAUAUUAAAAAUUUGUUAUCAAGAACUUCAAUUUGGGUCUAUACCAUUUGGAGUCGAGGUUUUGACUCUAGGAAACGAUUUUAAUCAAAAAAUAGACCGAUUUUUAAUACCAGAAUCAGUGCAUACGCUCAUAUUUGGUGAUCAAUUUAACCAACCUUUGAAUCACUUACCAAACUCAAUUACCUAUCUAUCAUUGGGCUUUAAUUUUAAUCAAGAUAUCCACAACUUACCAUCCUCAAUUAAAGAGUUGCAUUUUUCAAAUGUAUAUGGUCAGUCUGUAUUACCAAAUCAAAUACCACCAUCUGUUAAAAAACUUACUUUUGGGUUGCCACCCACCGAACUGUACUCAAUUCCACAUUCUGUUGAAACUCUCACAUUCUCUUUUAGUCAAAAGUAUGUUAAUGAACCAAUAUCACCAUUUAUAAUCCCGCCAUCAGUCAAAACCCUUACCUUUGGUGCCUAUUUUAACCAAAUACUAUCACACGAUAUCAUCCCUCCAUCUGUUACCUCUCUUUCGUUUGGGAAAUCCUUCAACUCUGUAAUUCAUAAUGAUAUUUUACCAAAAUCAAUUACAUCUUUAUCUUUUGAUAAUUGCUUCAACUGCGAACUAUAUAUUGGCUCACUACCUAAAAACUUAAAACACCUUUCAUUCGGGCGAGACUUUAAUCAAGAUAUAUUACCUGGUAUCUUACCCGACUCAUUAGAAACCCUAACUCUAUCUGCUGAGUUUAAUAGAAUUAUACCUUGCAACUCUUUACCAAACUCACUGCAAGUCCUCACAUUUGGCUAUUGUUUUAAUCAAAUAAUAAUCGAAAAUAGUUUACCGUCAUCUCUUACCACCCUAAACUUUGGUUAUAGCUUUAACCAAUCAGUAGCUGGAAAUAUUAUCCCUCCCUCGGUAACAUGCAUAUCAUUCUCUUCAAGUUUUAAAAAACCCUUGGAACCAAAUAUUCUUUCAAAAUCAGUAAAAUUUUUAAAACUUUGCAAAAACUAUAAAAUUACAGAUUCAUUACUUUCAUCAAUACCAAAUAUUACAAUCCAUAAUCCAAGAGCAUCUGAUAUAAAUGAUAUGUUCAAUUCUUUAUAA